AUGCAGGCCGUGGAGCGAUCGGCGAUAGAGCUGUGUGUCCAGAUGAUCGAUCGGCUUGCUCAUCGCAGCAUCCCGCGCCUGCUAGAUGUUUUCCAGUAUGCAGAUCGAUUUCUUCUCGUGUGGGAGCUAUUCGAGUGCACUCUCCACCAGGCUUUAGUGUUGAGUUGCCACAUCGCCGAAAGUGAUGUGGCCCAGAUAUUGUGGCCUGUGUUAAAGUUUCUUCAGUUCUUACGCGGUCAAUCGAGGGAGCUAGCCAGCCUGACUCCUCGAGAUAUCUUGUUCACCGAGGAGGGUGAAAUAAAGAUUGCCGGUAUCGAGAACAGUCGCCAAGUCGACCCUUCCCGUGCCGACGCAAUGGCUUCUACGUUCAAUGCUCUCCGGUCAAUUCUGGACAAGAUCAUGCUGAAAAAUGGCUCCAAAUUCACUUGGAGCCAGGAGAUCCGAAGCUUUAAAUCGGCGCUGGCCAAGAGCACCUCGGCGCGAUGCUUGAAUAAUCUAGUGCAACACACCUUUUUCGGGCAAGUGACCGGGGAGGGAGGCCUAAAAAUACUAGUAGAGUUGGUGAACAGAACCAUUUUCCACGAAAUCACAUUUCCGCCCGAGGACUCUCUUGCCAAGACUGGGCCACUAGGGAAGCCUGUGGAGCCGUCUACGACAUAG